AUGCAGGGCCCUUGGAAGCUGUUCUUUGCUUUUCUUAAGGAGUUUGACUAUGAUCAGAGUUUGGAGAUGCAUGCAGACAGUGAAAUGAGGCUUCCCUGGUGUUCCCACAAUCAGAUCUGGGCUCUGCCUGUCUAUGUUAUCCGAGAGGUCUUGAAUGUCUUCCAUCUGGAGUACAUUGAGGAAUUGGAACUGAACAUGCUCAGUUGGGAUUUGUUAAAGCUGUUACAACUUGCUCCCUACCUGGCCCAGAUGAGAAAUCUUCGCAAACUCUUGCUGGCCUAUAUCUUCAAGAUUGUGUUCAUGAUUGGCAACAGAACAACAGACAGAGAAGAGAAGUGUUUCAGGAAUUUCAUUUCUCAGUUUUCCAAACUCAAAUGUCUCCAGCACCUCUCCAUGAAUGGCAUGUACUUUCUUAGAGACCGCCUGAAACAGGUUCUUGGGUGCCUUAUGACUCCAUUGGAGACCCUGUCCAUCACCUACUGCAGCAUUUCACAGUCAGACCUGAAUGACUUCUCUGGGUGUCCGAAGCUUUUUCAGCUGAAACUUCUGGACAUGAAAGGUGUGCGCUUAAAGGCUUUGGAUCUUAUGCCUCUCCAAGUCCUCCUAGAGAAUGUAGCAGACACUUUGCAAUCCCUGGACUUGAAGGUUUGUAGGAUGAAGGACUCUCAUCUCGCUGUGCUCAUACCUGCCCUCAGCAAGUGCUCCCAGCUGGCCAAGGUCAGUUUCUAUGACAACGACUUCUCCAUGCACAACCUGAGGAACCUUUUGCAGCACACAGCCAACAUGAUCAAGAUGAAUGUGGAACAGUACCCUGCCCCAAUGGAGUGCUAUGCUGAGUUGGGUUAUAUCUCCACAGAGAGAUUUACCCAACUCUGUGCUGAGCAAGGAGAUAGACUCAGGGCCAUAAGACAGCCCACGUACAUCUCCUUUGCUACAAAUAUGUGCCCUAGAUGUGAAGAGCAUUGUGUCUAUGGCCAAGGAUUCAGACUCUGUCGUUGCCAACAGAGGUGA